AUGCCGGGUGGGCAGAAAGGUUGUGGAGGAAAGAUGAAUGCCAUCCAGGUGAUUUCCCUCACUCUGCUGUCCGCUUUGGCGGUCAACGCUCAGGUCAUCAUGCCAGGAAGAUGCCCCAAGCCGGCCGUUCAGGAGAACUUUGAUACUGCCAGGUACCUUGGUAAGUGGUACGAUAUCCAGAGACUGCCACAUGCCUUCCAGAAAGGCGAGUGCUGCACUGCCACCUACAGCCUGAAGAGCCCUGGAGUCGUUGGUGUCUUCAACAACGAGGUGCUUGCUGAUGGGACCAUUAACUCUAUCACUGGCUCUGCCACAGCAAAAGACCCCCUUGAGCCUGCCAAGCUGCAGGUCUCCUUCUUUGAGAACGCUCCCCCUGCUCCUUACUGGGUGCUGUCCACCGACUACGACACCUACUCUCUGGUCUACAGCUGCACCGACCUCGGCGUGAUGCAUGUGGACUUUGCCUGGAUCAUGAGCAGAGAGCCCAGCUUGCCCGAGGAGACCCUCGAGGAGCUGCACAGCACGCUGUCCUCAAUUGGAGUCAGAGUGGACAAGCUGCUCACCACCAACCAGGAUGCAGCUUACUGUAGCGCCUUGAACCUGUAA